AUGAAUUAUGUUAAUGAAAAUAAAAUUCCUUUAAUAUUAACAGAUAAAUUAAUUGGAAGUGAAGCAGGUUCAAUGAGUUCAACAUAUAAUGGUUAUUUAAAUUUAACAAAUAAUAAUAUAAUAUCAGUUAUUGUUAAAUAUUCAUCAUUUAAUACAAUGUGGAAUUAUGUUGAUAGAAGUGAAAUAAAUCGUUUAUAUCAAUAUGGAUGUUAUUCACAGUUAAAUGAAAAUACAAAUGAAUAUAUUGUUUUAAAAGAAGAUAAAUAUAGAAUUAUAUAUGAAAAUUGGAUACCAUGUGAAGUAUAUGUUGCUUUUAAAGGAUAUAUAUGUCAAAAUUUCAUGCCAACAUCUACUAUUGUUCAUUCAAUAUAUUCAUAUUUUACUUUUUUUAAAUCAAUUGAAGAUAAUGAUGAUAAAAAAAAUUUUUUUAUUAUAUUUAAAAAGUUGGAAAAUGGAAUAUCAUUAAAAAAAUAUCUUGAAUUAUAUUCAAAUAAAUUAACUAUAGAUAUAGUUAAAUAUCUAAUUAAUUCAAUAUUAAUUAGCAUAAUUAAAUUAAAAAAAAUGUCAAUUAUACAUCUUGAUCUUAAUUCAUCAAAUAUAUUUAUUAUGAAUAAUGAUAAUCAACAUAAUAUUAGAUUUAUUGAUUUUUCAAUAAUUAAAUUUAUUUAUCAAUCUUCAUCAUUAAAUGUAAUCUAUUCAGAAAAUUUACAUCUAUCUCUUCGAAAUAUUUUUUUUAAUUGUCCAUCAUGUUUUCAUUCAAGUCAUUCAAUUCAUACAAUCAUUUUUGCUCAACCAUUUCAUCAAUCAUUUAAAAAUUAUACUAUUGAACAAAUUUUAAAUCAACCUUUCUUGAAUUAG